AGCGCGCCCCCGCCCCGGACCGUACCCCGGCUCCGGCCUCCCCCCGCCCGGCGCCGCCCAUGGCCGAGGCCCCCCCGCGCCGCCUCGGCCUGGGCCCCCCGCCCGGGGACGCCCCCCGCGCCGAGCUGGUGGCGCUCACGGCUGUGCAGAGCGAGCCGGGCGAGGCGGGCGGGGGCGGCUCCCCGCGCCGCCUCGGCCUCCUGGGCAGCCCCCUGCCGCCGGGCGCGCCCCUCCCUGGGCCGGGCUCCGGCUCGGGCUCCGCCUGCGGCCAGCGCUCCUCGGCCGCGCACAAGCGCUACCGCCGCCUGCAGAACUGGGUCUACAACGUGCUGGAGCGGCCCCGCGGUUGGGCCUUCGUCUACCACGUCUUCAUAUUUUUGCUGGUCUUCAGCUGCCUGGUGCUGUCUGUGCUGUCCACUAUCCAGGAGCACCAGGAAUUUGCCAACGAGUGUCUCCUCAUCUUGGAAUUCGUGAUGAUUGUGGUGUUCGGCCUGGAGUACAUCGUCCGAGUCUGGUCGGCUGGAUGCUGCUGCCGCUACCGAGGAUGGCAGGGCCGCCUGCGCUUUGCCAGAAAACCCUUCUGUGUCAUCGACUUCAUCGUGUUCGUGGCCUCAGUGGCCGUCAUCGCUGCGGGCACACAGGGCAACAUCUUCGCCACGUCUGCACUGCGCAGCAUGCGCUUCCUGCAGAUCCUGCGCAUGGUGCGCAUGGACCGCCGCGGCGGCACCUGGAAGCUACUAGGCUCGGUGGUCUACGCGCACAGCAAGGAGCUGAUCACGGCCUGGUACAUCGGGUUCCUGGUGCUCAUCUUCGCCUCCUUCCUGGUCUACCUGGCGGAGAAGGACGCCAACAACGACUUCUCCUCCUACGCCGACUCGCUCUGGUGGGGGACGAUUACGUUGACAACCAUCGGCUAUGGUGACAAGACGCCGCACACAUGGCUGGGCAGGGUCCUGGCUGCCGGCUUCGCCUUACUGGGCAUCUCUUUCUUUGCCCUGCCCGCCGGCAUCCUGGGCUCUGGCUUCGCCCUGAAGGUCCAGGAGCAGCACCGGCAGAAGCACUUUGAGAAGCGGAGGAUGCCAGCAGCCAAUCUCAUCCAGGCUGCGUGGCGCCUGUACUCCACCGAUACGAGCCGGGCCUACCUGACGGCCACCUGGUACUACUAUGACAGUAUCCUCCCAUCCUUCAGAGAGCUGGCCCUCUUGUUUGAGCACGUGCAACGGGCCCGCAACGGGGGCCUACGGCCCCUGGAGGUGCGGCGGGCGCCGGUACCCGACGGAGCGCCCUCCCGUUACCCGCCCGUUGCCACCUGCCACCGGCCGGGCAGCGCCUCCUUCUGCCCUGGGGAAAGCAGUCGGAUGGGCAUCAAAGACCGCAUCCGCAUGGGCAGCUCCCAGCGGCGGACAGGUCCUUCCAAGCAGCACCUGGCACCUCCGCCGAUGCCCACCUCCCCGAGCAGUGAGCAGGUGGGCGAGGCCAGCAGCCCCACCAAGGUGCAGAAGAGCUGGAGCUUCAAUGACCGCACUCGCUUCCGGGCCUCUUUGAGACUCAAACCCCGAACUUCUGCUGAGGAGGGCCCCUCAGAGGAAGCAGCAGAGGAGAAGAGCUACCAAUGUGAGCUGACGGUGGACGAUGUCAUGCCUGCUGUGAAGACAGUCAUCCGCUCCGUCAGGAUUCUGAAGUUUCUGGUGGCCAAAAGGAAAUUCAAGGAGACGCUGCGACCUUACGACGUGAAGGAUGUCAUCGAGCAGUACUCUGCAGGGCACCUGGACAUGCUGGGCCGGAUCAAGAGCCUGCAGACUCGAGUGGACCAAAUUGUGGGUCGGGGGCCCGGGGACCGGAAGGCCCGGGAGAAGAGCGACAAGGGGCCCUCAGACACGGAGGCGGUGGACGAAAUCAGCAUGAUGGGCCGCGUAGUUAAGGUGGAGAAGCAGGUGCAGUCCAUCGAGCACAAGCUGGACCUGCUGCUGGGCUUCUACUCGCGCUGCCUGCGCUCCGGCACCUCGGCCAGCCUGGGCACCAUGCAAGUGCCGCUCUUCGACCCCGACAUCACCUCGGACUACCACAGCCCUGUGGACCACGAGGACAUCUCCGUCUCCGCACAGACGCUCAGCAUCUCCCGCUCGGUCAGCACCAACAUGGACUGAAGGGUGUCUCGGGGGCGGGCAGCACACGGCCAGCCCCUCGGCCUGGCGCUCGGACCCGCCCUCCGAGGCCUCCGGACUCCUCCGUACUUGAACUCGCUCCCUCGCGGGGAGAGAGGCCGCACGCAGUAUUGAGCUGCCUGGGUGGGCGAGAUACCCGCUGUGGGGCCUGCUCCCCCACCUCAGGAGCGUGAGAUGCCAGGCCGCGCCGAGGGGCCGCAGCGGGGCUGUCGGGCCGUCCCGUGCCCUGCCGCUCCGUCAGGGCCCGACAUGACCCGCCCGGCAGGGGCACUGCCCGGGGAGUGGGAGCGGGGCGCUGGGCCCUGGGCCCUGACCCAGCCCCAGCUUCCAGCUAUGCAAGGUGAGGUCUCUGGCCCGCCCUUCGGACAGAGCAGGGAAGCCCUCCCGCCAAGUCCUCGCCCCACUUGGGGGUGGGCCCAAGAUGCCCCUACAGGUACCCACAAAGCACAGGACCCUGCCACAAGGCAGGUGGGCACCAUAUAUGCAAACUAUGUUAAAUAUGCAACUUUGAGGACCCCCAUGGGGUCGCUCUGCCCCUCCCCCAUUGGGAGACGGCCUCCAGCAGUAGCUGGUCUCAGGCUGCUUGGCCAUAACCCUAACCCCAUUCUCUGGCUUAUCACCCGUCCCCACCCAGCAUGGGGCCUGUUUCUCCCUGCCCUCUCCCAAGGGCAGUGCCUGGGCCUUCCCAUUUGCAGGUGUCACCUCCCAGGGGCUCCCCCUUCCUGCUCGAUGUCCACUCUUCCACCUGGCUCUCCAGACACCUUUGACAUUCAGCACAAAUUUCUAUAUUUUCUCUAAACCUCCCAGACAGUACUCCAUGGAUGGUCACACAAACAUGGCCUCUUAGUGUCUCCAGACAUGCAGAAAGCCUCCCACACACUGACACAUACAAGCACACACACUUGGAGACGUGAGCACAGGGCCACUCAGCCUUUCCUGGGCCUCUACAGCUGACGUCAGUGCACUGGCCUUGUAGGAUGGUGUCCACUGAGAGGAAGCCCCCCACUCUAUCUGGGCAGGAGAAGGAGCUUUGAAGUGACCUCAGGUUGCUUCAGUCCCCACCCAGAGCUUUACCAGAUCCUCUUCCUCAAGAUCUCCUCUCUGGUCCAGGAGCCCUAACUGCUGCCUCUGCCUGGCCCUGAGGGCCCUCCUCAGUGUCCCCACAGCACAACUUGGGCCUAGGCCUCUGGGGGAUGGACACCACUGAAGAGGCCGUAGGCCUGCCUCUAUCCAGGCUUGCCCCUUCCUAGUUGCUCUAACUCCCAAAGAGAAUAAUAAUGCACCUAGCAGCUAUACCUGCUGCGCAUCUGCCUUUCACAUGCACUGUCUGACCUUUCUCCAUACCCCACUUUUCACUUCAGCUGGCAGCCCUGCAUCCUGGCAUAAGCCUCCAUCCACUCCAGGUCCCCAGGAACACUUUCGUAUCCCUACCCCUUUGUUCCUCUUCUGCAAAGCCAGUGCAGGUAGCAGGAGGAUGAGGGGUAGUGGACCAAUGGCAACCCUCUGUGGCUGAGGCCAAGCUGCCUGCAUCUCAUACUGGGGACCUGCAUGCACCAGCACCAGGACUUGGGUUGGAUCUUGCUCAGCCCCAUGGUGCCCAGCCUCUGCCCCAACAUGCCCUCUGCAUGUGACCAUCAUGCCCUGGAUGGAGCUAUCCUGGCUCACCUCACCACACUGCACUGUCCCCAGAGAGCCACCCCUCCAUCCCUUCAGAGACAGAGGUGUGGCGAGGAGCAGGAGAAUGGGAUUACCCUAUGACCAAAGGAGACAUGGGAAGAAGCCCUCCCUCCUUCCAUGAUCGAGGUUCCCCCACCAACCCGGUUCUGGGAUAUGCAAGUACCUCACUUUGUUAACUUAUUAACUUAUUGGUUUCAUUAAAGUUUUCAGUAGGA